AAAGGAAGUGUUGAAACCAGAGGCUCUGAUAUUCUCUACUGCCUCCCAUCCUGGACGUCAUUUCUCAGGCAGGCUACAUGCUUCCCUGUCCUUGCUCUAUACUUUGUCUGCAUUAGCCUGGACAAGGACAGUUCUCUGGAGUGUUCCUGUGCUGGGGGCUGCAGGGAGCAGUUCACCAGACUGCAUUUUCUGCUCGCUUAGUGGAAGCUCUCAGAUCUGAGCUCUGACCAGAAACAUCUUUUCUCUUUUGACUGAUUAUUCAGUUAACUGGCAUGGAUCCACUCCUCUUACAUCCCACGGAGAAAAACAAUAUGAAGCAACAGGCCUUAAAGUUUCUGUCUUGGUACAAAACAUUAGUCGGUAAACUGGGGGGGAUCCUCUCUCAGGUAAGCCUUGAACGUGUUGUAAAAGGCAUUGAGAAGGGGCAACUGAAAGAGGCGACUGAUGAGAUUGAGAGAUCACUUCAGAGAUCCAAGAAUGCUACCCUGAAUGUGGCUGUGAUUGGGCAAUCUGGUUCUGGCAAGUCCAGUUUCAUCAACGUCUUGCGAGGAAUUGGUCAUGACGAGGCUGGAUCUGCUUCUGUUGGAGUUGUGCCAACCACCACAAAGAAAACUCCCUAUCCACAUCCAAAGUGUCCCCACGUGACCUUCUGGGACCUGCCUGGAACUGGGACACCCAAAUCCCUUCCAAACCCUUAUCAAGAAUUAGUGGGAGAUGAUAAGUAUGACUUUUUCAUCAUUAUUUCUUCCUCACGAUUUAGCUCAAACGAUGCUUUGCUGGCCCGGGAAAUUCAGCAGAACGGAAAAAAAUUCUACUUUGUUAGAACCAAGGUGGAUAGUGAUUUAUAUAAUGAAAAGAAAAGCAAACCCAGAUCUUUCAAAAAGGAGACAGUCCUUCAGCAAAUCCGAGACAACUGCCUGAUCAAUCUCAGCAGAAUUGUAUCUGAGCCGACUGUCUUCCUGGUGUCCAACUUUGAGCCGAAGAAGUUUGAUUUCCCAAAACUGCAGGAGACAGUGCUACAGGAGCUCCCUAAUGAAAAGCGCUACACCUCUGUCCUCUUGUUGCCAAAUGUGUCUGAGUCUUUCAUCGAGAUGAAAAGAGAUAUAAUCAAGGAGAAGGUCUGGCUGCAAGCCUUCAAGGCAGCCAUUUUGGCCUUCUUCCCCAUUACGUCUCUCUGCUGUGGCUUUAACUUGCCUGAACAGGAGGAGUGCUUGAAACUUUAUCAAGGCCAUUUUGGUUUGGAUGAGGACUCGGUCAGUCAGAUUGCCCAGGAGCUGGGCACAUCUGAGCAAGAGAUCACCAGCCUCAUGAAGUCCACAGAUUUCGACUCACUCGUGGAGGAUGACAGUACAAUAGCCAAUGUCAAGAAGUUUGUUGAAAUCAUUUUCUCAAUUACUGGACUCCCCCAGUCUUCUGUUUUCCAGUUUUACAAAGUCUACUUCCUACAUUUGAAAUUCAUCGAUACAGUGGCGGAAGAUGCUAAAAGAGUCUUGGCUAAGAUUGAGGAGAUGAAGUAGAGACGGGUGGAGUUGCCAAUGUGGAUAACAAGUGAACCUCACACGUCGUGUUCUCUGAGUGGGCCAGGAUCUUCUACAUACCACCAAGGCCAAUGCUUCCCAAUUUGAAAAUAUUUUCUCUCUGUUAGAGUAAGGCCAUUGCUCCACAUUGAUACUUUACUGCUCUACAAGGGACUUUGACCAUAGCCUGUUUACUGUACUCUCUGAGCUGUUUCCCUUGAAUCAUGAUAGAAAUAUACCAUGUACCUUUCAUUAAUCUUCCAGUGUUAUGAAGUAGUUUUCUUUUGCAUGAUUUAUUCAGAUAAUAAAAUUUCAGCAACAAUGAG